AUGACGGAACUAACUGACGGAAACCCAAGAUGCGAUGCUGGCUUCAUGCGCAACAAGCGUUGGACAGUUUCAGCUGUGUGUCCCGGCAGUACAUACGGCCCAGACUGUAAAUACGACUGUCACUGUAAUACCAGUGUGACCUGUGACCUUCAGAAUGGUUGUGAAGGGAAAUGCGCUGCAGGUUGGGACGGACCCACGUGUCAAAGGCUGGGACGUCGACUCAGCGGCUUCAAUUUGUAUGUGGGAAACUCCUCCCAGGCUUACAAAACCUGUUAUAAAGACACCACACCCAAUACCACGACCCCCGGGCCCAUCGUAACCGGACACUGUACGGGAGGUCCGGUGUCAGGAGACACCGUCAUGAUAACAUCACGUCGAGACGAAUAUCUAACACUUUGUGAAGUUCUCAUCUACGUGUGUUCCGCUGGAUGGUAUGGUGAAAUGUGUGGACGACAAUGUAAUACAACGACAGCAUGUUCCAAAUGUGACGUCACAAGGACACGGUGUACAGAAUGUGUUGACGGUCGAUGGGAAAAACAUUGUCAAAACAGAUGUGGCCAUUGUUGGGCCGACAAAUGUGAUAAAGAUACUGGGGAAUGUCCUCUAACUGAAGGAAAGCCAAGAUGCGAUGCUGGCUUCAUGCUUGAGAAUUGUUCGACAGCCUGUGGGGCAGGUACUUAUGGCCACGACUGUAAAGAGACCUGUGGAUCGUGUGCAAGUGGACCAAGCAGUUGUAACACUACAUCCGGCCACUGUCGGGGUAAUCCCAGAUGCAUGCCGGGAUAUUCUAGUUUGAAAUGUAAAACAGGAUGUGAUGCUGGGUUUUGGGGAGCCGGCUGUGAGGAAAAGUGUGGCGAAUGUUAUAACAACGUCACGUGUGACAGAGCAUCUGGGGGCUGUCCAAUCACAGACGAGAAUCCCCGCUGUAAGGCCGGUUUCUUGGGAUCUAACUGUCGACAAACAUGCUCCCCUGGCACAUGGGGACAAAACUGUAAACUUACUUGUAGUCUGAACUGUCUUAAUGGUCCAACCGGAUGUGACGUCAGGAAUGGAGCAUGUAUUGGAGGUUGUACAGAUGGACAUGAAGGCCGAUUUUGUACCCCAGUCAACUAUAACUACACAGGAGUGGUUAUAGGCUGUGUGGCUGUGGUGGUCGCUGUCGUAAUCGUCGUUAUUGUACUGAUGUACACGAGAAGAUGUCACGGUAAUAAGUCAGGAGGAACCUCUGAGCGUUCGGAUCCGGUCCACGUCCAGAAUCGAGAGAGUUCUAAUCAAGGGAGAGAAGCGCGGAUUUCAACUCCAGUGGACAGCAACCCGUAUGAGAGUGUUUAUGAGAAUGAAUACGACAAAAUCCGAUUUUCUUGUAAUGACACCGAGGCCAGUUACACAGUUGUUACUUAAUUUCAUGGCUUUGGACGCGAAACGCUUCCUGGAAAGAACUGGAGACAGUGAACCGUUAAAAAGGACAAGUUUUGGACACAAAUAUGGUUUGAAUUAGAUAAUUCGCUUCUAAAAACAGCACACUUUGUUUUCAAUUUUGAAAAGAUUCAAAGGGCUAAUGCUUCUUUUAGUUUGGGGCUCGAUGAGGGCGAUGUUGGUGGACACAACUGUCGUGUUUUAGCGGUCCUGCUCGCCCUCGUCCUACAGGAGUGUAAGCAUUUGGCCUAGCUGGAUGUACCGACU